GCCCGGCGCGCGCGGUCCCUCGCGCCCCAGCGCGGCUCCAUGUCGCCUCUCCCGGCGCUGCUCGCGCUCGCAGCGCUCUGUGCCGCCGUCGCUAGUGAACACCAGCCAGCUCUGUGUCAACUGGACUAUUGCAAGUGCACCCCGGAUACUCAUCCGUCAUGGAAAACCGUGAACUGCACUCUUCGCCGGGAUCAGAAACUGGACAUUUUCGAGGGAGACCUGCCGGAGAGCACGACAGAGGUGGUCGUGGCCGGCGGCGGCGUGGUGAUGUUCGCGAGCAACUCGCUUUCGCGGCUGCGCGACGCGCGGCGCGUGUACGUGCGCGGCGCGGAGAUUGUGUUCGUGCGCGCGCACGCCGCCCACAGCCUGGACGUGCUGUCGUUGCACCUGCACGUGCAAGACUGCGGUGUCUUCCGCUUGGAAGAAAACGCUUUCCUUAACAUCAAAGGUCCACUUUCGGUAACAAUUGAAAAUUGUGAAACUGUGUCAACGGAAGGACCGGCUUUCUCGUGGCUGCUUUACAUGAACAUAACAAACGUCGGCACGCUGCAGCUCGGAGCGGGUUCCUUCACUCUGGACCCCUCCGCCAGCAACGUUGGCGAGCACGGUCCUGGGAUGUCGAUCAGGAUGAAAAAUAUAACCGUGCCCGUCAUACCCGCGCAGACCUUCGGAUCGUCAGCCGCCGAAAUUAUACUGGACAACAUCAAGAUAAACGAGAUCUUCGGAGGUGCCUUCUCCGCCAACACAUACAAUGUUGUGAUGGCCCUCAACUCCUCAAUCGAAAAUAUCGAUGAAGAUGCUUUUUCACAACGAUCACUGAUCAACAACUUAUACUUCUUUGGAUGUAAAAUUCAAAAAAUUGCUUCGAGAGCUGUUCAGUCGGCAGUUGGAAAUCUGAAUAUUUCAAACACUUUGAUUGAAAACGUGGUCGCAGGAGCAAUAAACAUAACAGUAGCGUCGGUUGUUAUCAAAGAUACUGAGUUCAAUCAGCUCGCGGAGCAAAGUAUAGAACUUUCUUCUUGGAAUAAGCUGCACAUGGAGAGGAAUUCAUUUGAUGUGCUCGUUCCUAACGCCAUCAUAGCUUUGGAAACAAUGGCACACGAACAAUCUGGACAUCAUUUAACUUUUAUUGAAAACGAAGUGGAGACGGCUCACCCUAAUAGUCUUAAAUUCAUUGGCCAAGCUCAGGCACACCAAGCUUCAUCAGUGGUUUAUAAAGACAACUACUACGGACAAACUUGUUAUUGCAAUAUAAGCAACUGGCUGUCUGACGUGUUAGCUACUGAAUCAGUUGAACCCUAUAAGGCAGAAAGUUACUGUACUGUGGACGAGUUCUUGGCUCGUUGUUUUAACGAACCCGAACAAAAUAUACUGUUUGACAAGUUCUUGGACGGAGUUUGCCAAAAAGAUUCGCCUACGUUCCACUGUGAAUCUUACAUCCGAAAAGCUGAUGGAACUUCAACUGAAAUAAAAAAUCCUAGAUUUCCUCAUAAAAACAAACAUGAACAAAUGAUUAGCGACCGUGACAAGAAAGUAAUCGGGAUUGUCAUAGUAACCUGCUUAGGUUGUGUAGUCAUUGUCAUGAUAAUAAGCUUCAUAAGAUGGUUGCGCCGCAAGGGCUAUUGUAUUAACGUGAAAAACUUACUAAUUUCAUCUAACUCGUCAUGUGGGGCAUUUUGCGAGCGGAUUUGUUCGUGUGGAGUCGUCAAUACGCUGGACAAUGCAAGAUCUAUUUCCCGACUGUCUGUCAAUGAAUAUUCUGAACGACAUUGCUUAAAUGAACCAACAAGAGUUCAGGACAUUAUCCAGGAAUCGAUUUUGCAAGAUGAACUGGUCCCGACAGAAGAUAAAACUACUCAAACUUUACCUGAAGAACUCACUAAAGAACUGUUGGAAAAUCUAAAAGAGAGAUUGGAGAGUCCUGAAAAUUACGUGGAAGCUCGUGAGACCAUUGAACACUUAUACGUGCUUACUAAGUUAGAAGAAAAUUGCAACACCAUUGUUCCAAAACUUAUCAACGUGGAAGAGAAUAUAUACGAAUUGCCCUUUCAGAACACUACUCCUCGCAUUGGAAAGAACAACAAACAGAUGAUUAGUAUUGGCACUCGUACGCCGUCACUUGACAAGCUGCUGCCUUUAUCACCGUAUAAUAGGCAAACUGCUUUAGUACAUGAGUAUUUUGAACCAAAAGAUUUCGCUGUCCACCUAUAUGCCGAAAUUGCUAAUAAUGAAAAAGAAAAGAGGACACUACUGGGCAAUAUGCCCGACGUUGUCGGAGAGCAAGCGGCGCCACGUGGACCCUACCUCCGAGCUGUACGUGAAAAAAUGAAUUCGUCUUCUGGAUCCCAAGCUAACCCCCUGUGUAAAUCACUGAAUAGCUCAAACGGAUCGCGGGGCAUGUCCACCAUUAAAUCAACAUCUUCUAACACGUCAGCGAAAAUGCUGAACCGUCCUUUGCCAGAGAAGCCGAGUUCGAUAGACCCGGGCGAGGGCACGUCCUUCAAGCUCGGUUGAGGGUUAGGCAAUGCGCAGCCGGCGCCAGCGCAUAGCGGCGGGAGCCGGCCCGGGCGUCCCCGCGGAGAGCCGCCUUGGGGUGAGGAUUGCCACACGGACCCGGACCCCUGCGUAACGAGCUAACCGGGCGGAUCACAACGACGCGACUAUCGAGAUGAUGCUUAAACAUUUCUUUGCUGUGAUAUUAAUUUUGAUUAUUUUUAUUUGUAUAAUUACUUUUGAGUGAUGUGUCGUGCCAGACACUGCUGUAUGUUUAUUUGUAAAUAAUUUAUGAGUUGUAAUUAAUUGUAAAUGUUGAGCCGGGCGAAAACGUGAUCUUUUGAUAUUGUACGAGCCUGAUACGUUUCGAUUCUGAUUAACUAUGCUUUGCCUAAUCAUUAUGUACCUCUAUAUUAAUGCUUUUUAAUGAGAACGUAUAGUCGCCAUUUUUAUAAAUGUUAUGAUCACGGAGGAACGCAAGAUAGCGGAGAUGCCAUAGGAAAGGUCAGUCAGGCGUCUAUUUUUAGGUCAAACCAAUGUACGGUAGGCGUGAUCAGUUACUAAACGUGCGUGAGAAUCGUCCAGGUUCCUUGCCAAAUCAAAACCAAUCUGCCAAAUCUGUUUAAGAUUGGUCUUGAUUGAUUGGUGAUAUCAAUUUGGAAACAUUGGGCGGGUUCCAUAGAAACCCACAUUUAAGUUCACAACUUUCUUUGGAUAUUUUGCACUAUGACAUGUCCGCUUGUCAUUUUGUUCUUCAUGGUUAUGAUACAAAGAUUUUACUAACGACAGCUUCGCAAGAAAAUACAGAAACUGAUAUUCUUAAUGAAAUGGUCUUAAAUAAUUCCAAUAAUGUUUUGGAAGACAAUUUGUAGGCAAACAUCCACACAUAAUCUGAAAAAAAAAAUGUAUAUGUAUAUAUAUUAGCAUAAUAAAGUGUGCAUUUACUGUCAGAUCAUCAGUUUUAGCAUAUUUAAAGUUGUCGUAAGAUGGUUUGAUGAUAGUACGACUACUCGAGUAGAAGUCACCUUAGCUGUCGUCCCUAAGGUUAGUGAAUCCUUUUAAAAGCAUUCUUUUUAUAAAAUUAUACUAUAUUAAAAUGAAAUCGUAUUUCUUUAAACAUUUACAUGUUAAAGUAUACACUAUACCUAUUUAUGAAUGGACUUUCCAUAGAAUGUACCCUUGUAUACUGUGCUCAAUGAAUAUCAUCUAGGCCAUUUAAAAUGUUCACGAAUAUCCUAUUUACUUUAGUCCUGAAUCUGUCCUACGUACUUUAUAUCGAAAUGUUAAUAUAUAUUAAAUAUAGAACAUAGAAUAAGUAAGAAAUAGAUUUAAUAUUGUAAUCAUUAUUGACGUGACACUGAUUAUUAGACUUUGCCAUAAAACGAAACAGUCAUUAUCUAUAUGUUGUUGUAAUGAGAACGAUAAUAUGUUAUUCUGAGAGCAGAUUAUGAGGACUUCUUAAACAAAGAAGACAUGUUAUUCCAUUUAUGUUCCACAUUAAAUAAAUGUUGAUUGUCGAA